UAGGAAACGAGAAGAUUUCACCGUAAACUAUGUGGAUACAGGGUUUCGUGGUUAUCUUUGAUUCUCUAUUAUUUGUCACAGGUGUAAACAUCUCCCCCUGUGGUGAUAAUGGCAUAAAAGAAGUGCUGGCUGGCCAAGACACUGUCUUCACCUGUACGGCUGAGGGACGAAUAGAGUGGAGAUUGGGAUUUCAGGAUGCACCGAGUUCUGAGUUGUUAGCAACAUGCGAAUAUACAUGUGAUGAAAUGAAUAAUUUUAAAAACCUUUUUUUUGCCAACAUAAGAAAAUCUCACGAAUCAAGCUCAAUGACCAUCAGAGCUGUCAAUCGUUCAGACAUCGUUCAUUUCUUGAACAGCAGUCUUCAAUGUGUUCAUAAGGCUGAGAUAAAUCACGUGGCAGUUUGUGAACUCAGCUAUGUGUUUCUACCAGAGGGCGUAGCAUGCACAGCAGUCAAUACAUCAUGGUCUGUGACUGUUUCCUGCACCAUCGGCAGUGUUUACUCCUCACGUGGCCUUUACACGUGUCACCUUUAUCGGAGAAAACGCGGAUCAAGGAAUGAAACGUUAAACCACGUCACUAUGGUGACGUCACCGACCAGAGAGAGGAUAACCAAGAACGAAGUGAAGGUGUCAGGUUCCUGUCAUUUCAAGACAACUCUGGCAGCACAGGAAGGGCAAUAUGAAUUCUACGUAGUCGUUUUACCUGGAGAACGGACUUACAGUGUAAUCUUUACCGGUGAUUACGAGUGGAUUACAGUUGAACGUCCUAACUCGCCAACCAUCUCCUGUCGUCCACACCCCUAUGUGUUAGAAAAUACAAGCGUCAUGUGUACCUGUACUGCCACUAGUCUGGGUCAGCCUGCGGGAUCUCUAAGAAUGAUCACAAAUAACCAGACAAGCCAGGGGCAAAGAGGCAGGCAAGAACGACAAACUUCAGCAUCACAACAACAACAACAACAACAACAACAUAGUCAGUACUUGACUUUGUUAGAUCAUGGUACAACCUGGUUCGAGUGUCAGGUGCUUUGGGGACUAAAUGAGAUUCGUGGAGAAAAAUACAUUGCUAAUGUGGGGUACGCGUCCAAAAUAAACAGAUUUUUACUCAACGGCAAAGAAAAAAAUGCGUCAUCGAUGGAGGGAGAUCAGGUGAACUUCUUGUGUGAGUCCGAUGGCCGGCCUACACCAAAGAUGUCCAUCUACAACCACUUCAACGACACAGUCACGUGGACAGAGUCGUCUUCUGUCAAUUAUACAUUUAUCGCUAGUUGUGAAAGCACGGCCAGUUACACGUGCACAGCGUGGAAUGAGAUUAAUCUUCAGUCAGUCAUGACCAACUCGCGCAGUCUCGACCUCAGUGUCUUUUGUAAGUAAACAUUUCGCUUCAGGUCCUCUUGAAAUGAGGGUAUUUUGUCAAAUAUUCAGAGCAUAG